UCUUGUCUAGUAAUGGCUUACCGAUCGGUCUGGAUUUUGCUGGCUGCAGUCGCCGUUUCCCAGGCGGAAAAUAUUCUCUUCAUGUCUGGCGUUCCUUCCCCGAGUCAUUACAUAUGGCUUCGACCACUGAUGAACGAGAUGGGAAAACGAGGCCACAACGUGACGGUGAUCAGUGCGGAUGUGGAGAAGAAACCGCCAGCGAACUUGACCUACAUUCAUCUGGAGAACUUCUACAGCACCAUGUACAAUACCUCGAUGCGACAGAAGUUGGACUUUUUCGCUAUGGCCAACGACAGCCCGACUAAAAUGUUAAGUUUUUUUGAUGAGUUCGGUUUGGACCUCUGUGAAGCAGCCAUCAAGUCUGAAGGGCUGCACUCGCUUCUGGCCUAUCCGCAGGACUUUAAGUUCGAUUUGUUUGUGAGUGAUUAUAUGAUCGGUCCGUGCAUUUCCUCGAUCAUUUUGCACCGCUUCAAGGGUGUUCCAUAUAUCCCGUCGUCGCCGUAUAAUGCUCCGUCGACAGCUGCGGCAGUGCUCGGUGCCUAUUCUUACUCCGGGCUAGUUCCAAACCAUGUCUUCGAUGCACCGGAAUCGAUGAGUUUUGUACAGCGAGUGAAGAAUCUUUACUACGAUUUGUAUGAAAUGACACUGCACGAGAUCUUUCUCCACCCGGAAGCGGACCGAAUUUUCCACAAACUCUAUCCGAGCGCCCCGAGCACCAGGACUUAUUACAAAAACGUGAAACUGUCCUUCAUCAACGUCAAUCCGAUUAUCCAGUACAAGGAACCGAUGAUGCCGAAUAUGAUACCGGUCGGUGGAAUGCAAAUUCAGCCAGCGAAGCCACUGCCAGCGGAUCUCCUCAAAGUGGUCGAAGGAGCCAAAAAUGGAUUCAUUCUCUUCUCGCUCGGCAGCAAUGCCCGUAGCGAUCUGCUGGGUCCCGAGCGCAUUACCAACAUUCUUACCGCGAUGGGGCGACUCUCCCAGUAUCAGUUCCUGUGGAAGUUUGAAUCCGACGAGGCCAAGCUACCGAUGAAGGUGCCCAAAAAUGUGUACAUUCGUGCCUGGAUGCCACAGAACGAUUUACUGGCCCAUCCCAACAUUAAGCUGUUCAUCACGCACAGCGGACUAUUGAGCACCCACGAGGCGAUCUGGAACAGCGUGCCGAUCAUCGGAUUCCCCGUUUUUGCCGACCAGUUUCGGAACAUCAACUACUGCGUUGAUGCCGGUAUCGGUAAGCGACUUUCGAUACACAGCUUCCAGGCCAACGAGCUGGUGACCGCCGUCAGAGAGAUUUUGGGAGGAAACCAGUACGCCGCAAGGAUGAAGCAAGUGUCGCGCCUGUUCCGAGACCAACCGGAGACGCCACUGCAGAGGGCAGUUUGGUGGUGCGAAUGGGUGCUACGGAACCCGGACGCUGACCUACUCCAAUCGCCUGCCGUCUACAUGAGCUGGUUCCGGAAGUACUCUUACGAUGUCAUAACGUUUGUGCUGGCCACAGUUCUGAUUCUAGCGAUAGUUGCCUGGAAGGCCGUUGUGGCGUUGAGCAAAAUGCAGAUUAUGUCGAAUGGCAAGUCGAAAAGCGAGUGAGGGUAUUAGAAGGGCAUAAGAAAAGAUGUAUAUAGUAACGAUAGGGAUAAGGACACGUUACCAAAUAUGAAAUAAACAUUAACAAUAAAAUAA